AUGGAGUUUAUAGAGAUGGUGGUGGUAGUGAUGGUGAUGGUGAUGGCAAUGGCAAUGAUGGUUUGUGGAGGAGGUGGGGGUGGUAGUGAUGGUGAUGGUGGUGGCGGUGGCAGUGAUGGUGUUGAUAUGGUAGUGGCUGUGGUGGUGGUGACAGUGGGGCUACUAAUGGGGGUGGUAGUGGUGGUGGAGAUGGGGGUAAGGGUGGUGGCCGUGGUGGUGACAAUGUGGGUGAUGGUGGUGGUGGUGUUGGGGGGUGGCGGCGAUGGUUGUGGUGGUGGUGACGGUGGCGAUGACGAUGACUGUCGUGGUAGUGGCGGCGAGGACGUCAAUGAUGAUAGUCAUGAUAAGAUGGUAGUAAUAGAAGUGGUGAAAUCAUAUCUUGAGAAUAAAAAUAAUAUAUCUAUCAAAAUCUUUGGAGGGAAGCAAAGAUUUGUCAUGGCCUAA